AUGGAGCCAGGCGGAGGGGGGAGGGGGAGAGGGGGAAAGGGGGCACGGAGGGGGAAAAUCGGGGGAGGUGCACGAGGGAGGAGAGGCAGUGCGAGGGGGGAGGCGGUGGGCGCGGUGGCGGAGGGGGCUGCAGGGACGUGGUGGGCUAAUGGUGGGGGCGCGGGGGGAUAUGUGGGAGCAGGAGGACUCGCGGCGGGGGAAACGGGAUGGGGCGCGGGGGAGGGCGCGGGGGUUGGUUCAAGCGCGUGCGGAGGGGCAGCGACAGCGUGGGAGGGCGGAGGGACGGGCGGAGGAGUGGGAGCGGUGGGCGGAGGAGGGGAAGCAGCGAAUGCAGCGGAGGGAUGGACAACAGGGGGAGGCGCGGAGGGAUGGACAGGGGGAGGCGCGGAGGGGCGUGUAUCCCGCCGCAGGGGAGGCAGGGGGAGGGGCGCGGAUGGCAGAGCAGGCGGGAGGAGCGUGCGCGCACGCGAGGGCGCGGGGCGGGGGAGGAUGGCGGGUGGAACGGGACAAACGGACGGCAGUCGCGGGCGGGGGGUGGUGGAGCGCGGAGGGAGGGGCGCCGGUGUGGCGCGCGGACAGGAAUGGACGGGGACGGGCGCACAUGCUCGUGGGGAUGCGCGGACGAGAGGGGGGAACGCUGGCAGGGGGUGGGACGCGGACGGGGGAAUGGGCUACCUGGAUGGGCGGGUGUGUGGUGGAGAGGCUUUGGGAGCGGUGGGAGGGCAUAAGGGGCGUGUGGAUAGGGAGGAGUACGAAGGUGCAGCAAGGGUUGGGAGAGUGGAGAUGGCAUGGGGGGGUGAUGGCGCGGAAGAAGAGGAUGGGUGGGGCGGAGAGGCACACGGAAGGCAGCAGAUGGUGGGUGCUGCGCGAAUGCACCGUGACCACCUGCUGCCCGGCACGCAGCACCAGCAGCAGCAGCAUCAUCUUCAGCAGCGUCAAUAUGAGCAGCAAGGGCAGGAGGGAAGGGGUGGCGAGGGGCAGUUUCGUGGUGCAACAGGCGGGUGGGUGGAGGGUGGGCGGCAGCAGGCGUGGCAGGUUGGCGGUGGAGUGGAUGGGGGUGGAGGGUUUGUGGGUGCGGAGGAGCUUGGGCGCAACGGCGGGGAUGCGGCAUGGGGGGAUGAGGCAUGGGGGGAGUGGUACAAUGGGGACGGUGGCGGAGCGGCAGAGGAGGAAUGGGAAGGAGAGGGAGGGUCGGAGUGGGGGGCAGAGGGAGCGGAGGAGUGGGGAGGAGAGGCAAGGGAGGAGGGUGAGGGUGGGGAGGAGGACUAUGAGUUGGGCUAUGCUGCUGGCCUCGCUGCUGCUCGUGAGGCUCUCAGACAAGCCUCUGCCGCCACCGAUUCUGCUGCCGCUGCUGGUGUUGGUGGUGGCGGGGCGGCUGCUGUUGGCGCUGCUUCCACGGGUGGGGUUGGCGAGGGGGCAGUGGCCGGUGCUGCUGCAGCAAGCGCCAUCGAUCUCAUGCUGCCUCACCACCCGCCUGCUGCAGCACCAGGCAGCGCAGCAGCUGCUCCUGACACAGCGGAUGGCCCUCAUGCGUCCACUGCAGCACCAGCAGCAGCGGCAGGCGAGGGCGCAGGUGAGCAGGAAGGGGCAGGCAGCGGCGGCAGCAGGCGGCGCGGCGGGGGAGGCGGGGGAGGCGGGGGAGGCGGGGGAGGCGGGGGAGGGAGCAGAGGGGGGCGGCGCAAGCACAUGGACGUGAGUGUGAAACGCGACAUCUGUGAGCUGCGGCGCCUGCGACCGGGCAUUACGGUGGGCGGCAUCAUGCGUGUGUGCCGCGCCAAGUACCCGCACAUGCGCCUCAUCCCCUCCCACGUGCGCCGCAUCCUGGACAAGGCGGACCACUGGAGCUCCACGCUGGCGCAGCGCAGCAGCAAGCGCGUGCGCGCGCCUGAGAGCAUGGCGCUGGAGGAGGCGCUGGUGGCGUGGCUGAGAGAUGUGAAGGGCGGCCCCGGCGCCACCAAGGUGCAGCUGCAGCACAUCUGCGCCAAGGGCCGCGAGCUGGGGCCGUCCUACGGGGUGUCGCCCUCCUUCAGCUUGCUUGCUGCUUCCGCUGCUCCCUCUACCCCUCGCCUCUCCCCCUCGCCUCUCCCCCUCGCCUCUCCCCCUCGCCUCUACCCCUCGCCUCUCCCCCUCGCCUCUACCCCUCGCCUCUCCCCCUCGCCUCUACCCCUCGCCUCUCCCCCUCGCCUCUACCCCUCGCCUCUACCCCUCGCCUCUCCCCCUCGCCUCUCCCCCUCGCCUCUACCCCUCGCCUCUCCCCCUCGCCUCUACCCCUCGCCUCUCCCCCUCGCCUCUACCCCUCGCCUCUCCCCCUCGCCUCUACCCCUCGCCUCUCCCCCUCGCCUCUACCCCUCGCCUCUACCCCUCGCCUCUCCCCCUCGCCUCUCCCCCUCGCCUCUACCCCUCGCCUCUCCCCCUCGCCUCUCCCCCUCCUGCCUCCUCUCCCAUGCCAUCUCAAGGCUUUCCUAUGAACCUCCCUCCCCCUUCCCCCGUGCUCCCUGCAGGUACAGCAUCGGGUGGGCAUGUCGCUUCCAGGAGCGGUGGGGGUUCUCAAAGCGGCACCUGGAGGAGGAGAGGGAGGCGUACUUCAAUGACGACCCCGCUGCUGCUGCCGCUGCUGCCACGGGCAGUGCGGAGCCGUCGCUGGUGCAACUGGCUGAUGAGAUCUUUGGCGCCCAGAUCCUGGUGGUGCGCAUGGAUGGUGGUGCUGAGGCGCAUGGGGAAGGGGAGGGGGAGGAGGGGGAGGAGGGGGAUGAGGACGGGAGUGAGGAGGAUGAUAUGGACGGGGGUGAGGAGGACGGAAGGGGUGAGGGCGCGAGGGAAGGAAGGGGAGGGAGUAGAAGGAGGGUAGGGAGGGGAGGGAGGGGAUUAGUGGGAAGGGCGGGUGGGAGGGAGGGAGGGAGGGGUGCAUGGAAGGGAGGAAUGAGGGUGGUGAGGCGGGACACGUCACUGACGGCCGGCAGAGAGGUAAUCGACCUGGAAGGGGGUGGAGGGGGAGAGAGAGAGGGGAGGGGCGAAGGUGGGGAGAGGGGUGAGAGGGGGGAAGGGGCGGAGAGGGACGAGGGGCAGCUGCGGCGGAGGGGCCAGGGCGGGUCAGGGGAGCGGCCGCAGCAGGGCAGGGAGCAGGCGGGUGGGGGGACAGGCGAGGAGGGCGAUGGGGGCCGGGCGUCACAGGCAGAGGCAGCAGAGGCAGGUGGGUGGCAGGGCGGAGCAGAGCUGCUGGCAGGCACGGCAAGAGGCGCAGCACGAGAGAGGGCGAGGAAGAAGGCAGCAGGCCGGGCGGCACGUGCUGUGCAGCCCAGCCGAGAGCUGCUGGCGCUGGCACUGGCCGAGGCUGGCGUGGAUGGGGAGCAGGCGGGUGGAGGCGUGGAGGGAGCAGGUGGGUGUGACUCAGACGCUGCAGCACGCUCAGAGGCAGACGAGCGAGUCACACGGGCAGCGCCGCCACCAGGGGCAGCGGUGAGGGGUGUUGCAGCAGCAGCAAUAGCGGGAGGGGCUCUGGUUGAUGUGGAGGCGGCAGUGGCAGCAGCAGGGGACCUCCACCUGGACCUCCACAGCGAUGAAUCCAGUGGUGGUGACGCCCAUGGUGGUAGGCUGCCCGCGGAUAGGCAGCGUGCUGCAGGCAGGGAGAAGCGGGCGCCGGGCGGGAAGGGCAAGCACCGGGCGGCCAUCAGCCUGCGGGUGAAGCGAGUGAUCUGCAUGCUGAGGGCCGCCCGCCCCGACAUGGCGCCCAAAGACAUCCACCGCCUCGUGCACCGCGCCUUCGCUGCCGCCGCCUGCCAUCCCCAAGCACCCUCCACCACCACCACCGGUGCCACAGCCGCUGCUGCUGGCAGGGCAGCGAGCUUGGCCGCGGGGGGAGUUGCGGCGGCAGGCGUGGAGGCGGAGGGAGUGGCGGCGCUGGACGUGGCAGCGGUGCGGCGCAUCCUGAGGAAGAGCAGCGUGUACCUCGCCCUGCCCGCCCACAGCACCACCCUCAUCCGCCACAGCAGCGGCGCCCACCCCCACGUGCAGGCCGCCGUGGCGGCGUGGGUGAGGGCGAUGGAGGCACGGUACGGGCGAGAGGCCCUGCGGUGGGAUGAUAUCCUCGAGUAUGCCCGGCAGGUGGGGCCGCAGAUGGGCGUGGACGAGGGGUUCCGGUAUAGCUACCACUGGGCUCGCAAGGCCCUGCUGCGGCAUGGGCUGGGGAGCAACUGGGGCAAGCAGGUGGGGGGUGGGGGUGGCGAGAAGAAAGCGGUGCUGCUGAGGGAGGACGAGUGGAGGCAGGCGGUGCACCUCUCCCGCUCCGCCAGGCCAGGCGCCGUCACACUGCGCAGUGCUGAGGCCCGCCUGGAGGAGGCUCUUGCUCUCGCAGUGAGGAAGGCUGUAGCGAGGAUGGAGGAGGACAGGCGAGCUGCAGGGGGUGGGCGGGGGGACGAGGGGGGGAGCAGAGUGGGGCCGGGGGUGGGGCAGCAGCAGGUAUCGGUGCGGGCGGUGCAGGAGUAUGCGAGGCGGCUGGCCCCGCUGGUGGGGGUGGGUGCGGGAUUCACGUGCAGUGUGGCAUGGGUGCAGCAGUUCCUGCAGCGCUGGGGCUUCCAUGCACCCCCUGGGGGGCGGGGUGCUCGAGGUAGUGCGGCGAGGGGGCGAGGGGGAGAGCGGCUGGGUGGGAGGGGGGGGGUAGAUGCUGGGGCAGAGGAUGAGUUUGAAGGAGGGGGAGGGGAGGAGGGGGAGGAGAGUGAGGGGCAGGGAGGGGUGGGCAGGAGGAUAAGGGGCAUUCUGGACGAGCGGUGUGAGGUGCGCGAGGAGGAGGUGGCAGCGCUGGUGGCGCUGGCAGAGCAGCAGCGGGAGAGGCACGCGCAGAUCAAGGCAAGUGGACGCCGGCUGACUGACGUGCGCGAGGAGGAGUGGAUAGAAGCGGGGCGGCGGGAUGGUGGUGGUGGGCGGUGCAGGGCGGCAGGGGAUGGGAUGGAGAGUGACGGUGGGGAUGGGGAUGGGGAUGGGGAUGGGGAUGGGGAUGGGGAUGGGGAUGGGGAUGGGGAUGGGGAUGGGGAUGGGGAUGGGGAUGGGGAUGGGGAUGGGGAUGGGGGCAUCACUGGAGACAGUGAUGGUGGGUUUGACGGCACGGACACUGAUGGCGCUGCCUUUGACACAGACGCUGACCUGGACCUGCCCGCCUUCCAUGCCCAUACCAACCCCCAUGCUCCCGCCAUUACUCCUGCCAUCACUGCCCCUCCUGCCAUCACUGCCCCUCCUGCCAUCACUGCCCCUCCUGCCAUCACUGCACAACGUGCUCUACAUCUUGCUGCUGCUGCGCCUGCCCCUGUGCAUGUCCCCAUGACCCCUGCGCAUACCCCCAUGACCCCGCCACCCCAAGUGAGCACCCUGCUGGCGUCACUGGCCGGCGUGCGGGUGGCAUCUGCCGCCCAGGCCGCCCCCCAGCUGCAGGCUGCGUGGGCCGCCCUGGCCGUUGCCACCCCCUCCCCUAGGCAGCUCACGGCCCACCGGGCGGCAGAGGUGGCGCGGGCAUGGCGCCGCCUUGAGAGGACCCGCGUGGUGGUGUGGGAGGGGGUUGCUGGGAGUGAGGGUGGUGAGGGGAGUGAGAGCAUGAGCGUGGAGGAAAUUGGAGGGAUAGGCAGCAGCAUGGAGGAGUGGGAGUGGGAGGAGGGGAUAGUUGGCGCGCACGGGCGGGGGCUGCAGCAGCGGGGAGUGGGGCGGCCAUGGCAGGCAGGGGAGCAGCAGGCGGAGGGCAGGUGGCAGCAGGCGGGCAGCAGCAGGUGUCAGCGGGUAUGGCAGCCCCUCUGCUGUCCCCCGACCUCAUAG